AGUGGAGUAGCUGUAUCGUAAAUUUAAGGUACCGUGUUUCUUUUACACGAAAUGGUUUGAAAAGAAAGGGAUGUUCGUGGUUGUAUUUAUUAAAGGUUCGCUCCAGUUUCAUAUUCUGUGUAUUUUAACUUAUGUCUGCCGAGCCAUGGUAAUUGGGGACUAGUUAAAAUUGUUUGUACGUGAGUGUUGGAUAAUAAGUUUACUUUCUGUUACAAAGCUUUUGUAAUAUAUAAUUAAAACUUAUAGUCUUUUCAUCAAGUGACACGUGGCUCGAUUGUAACAUUAAUGUUGCCGAGGAUGGCUCAACUUUGGCUCUACGACGGUGCUUGUUAUACAUCAUCUCAUAUAAUUUUUUACUUUGAUAUUCCUUUUUGUGAAGUAUCGAGAUUUAUUUCUUGCUUAGUAUUUUUAGAUGUGCUUACAUAAGUGAUGCAGUUGCUGUACUGAAGCCUGUCUACUUGGUGAAUUUAAAAAUGCAGUUCUGUACUACGAAGAUACCAUGAAAUAUGCAUAUUGGUGACUAUGUGUCUAACUAAUCUUUCAGAUAAUUCCGUUUCUUAUAGCACUGAUUUUCUUCAAAUAAUUAAGAUAUAAUUCAGCAUUGAUUAUAAUGCUAAUUGAAAUUUUCUUACAAGUUUACUGCGAUAAUAUACUUAUAAAAUAUUUGUUCUAGGUUUUAUUCCAUCCAAACAUGUCUAGAUAUACUUAUGUAUACAGAAUGAUAACGUCACUGAAUAAUAGGAUGAUGGAAAAUUAAAAUUCAGCUUUAUAUAAUGCCCGUGAUUAAAGAUCCAAGAAUCCAGGAUAACUAAUAAUAAGUAUUUCAGGUUUCUGCGCUCAAGAUGUGUAAAAUACUUCAUAUAAAAAAAUUACUUUACAGCAUUAAUUUAAAUUCAUUUCCUUUUCCCACAUAUAGCAAUUCUAAAUUUCCUAUCACCUAUACGAUAAAUACUAUGUUAAUUGAAAUAUUAAUAAUAGGAAAUUUUAAUGGCUCCAUCUUGACAGUAAAUGACUAAAUUGGAUGGUUUUCGGGCUCGCGGUCCCCGGGCUAUGGAAAGUAUGGUUGAAGAAAACGGAUCGACCGUCGACCCCCUGUCGCAGAGUUCCCAGGGUGGAGAUGCCGCAGCCCCGGCGAUCGCCACAUCGGUACAGUCACUCAGUAGAACUCACCAGCAGCAAACCCAUCAUCUGGUAGCAUCUACCAGCAUUGUGCAACUGACGCUCCCGUCGUCGGGGACCACGCAGGUACAAUCUGUAAUACAGCCAAACCAACAGUCAGUAAUCCAGACUGCGACAAACAUUCAACCAGUAGCCAUUUCCAAAGGAAACGUAAUUCUAGUAAGCAAACCUAACUCCGUCAUCCAAACGACGCAAGGAAGUUUGCAAACUCUACAGGUUGUUGAAACUGGGAGUGAUGAUAGCUUUUCUGACGAGGAAUCUCCAAAGAAGAGGAGGGAUAUCUUAACCAGACGACCGUCUUAUAGAAAAAUUCUCAAUGAUCUAGGUGGAGGUGAAAUUGCAGAGGGUCGUUUGCCCCCCCUAGAAUCCUCCUCAGAGUGUGACUCUAACGUGGACAGUGAAGUGUCUUCCCACUCGCUCCAUUAUCAGACAGUCAUUCCUGCGGGCACUAUUCAAAUUGCCACCCAAGGGGAGGGUGUUCCAGGGCUUCACACGCUAACAAUGAGCAAUGCGGCGACGGCGGGUGGAGCUAUAGUACAGUAUGCACAGGGCCAGGAUGCACAGUUCUAUGUCCCAGCUGACACAGGUCAUGGGGUCGUGGCCGAGGACAAUGCCAGAAAGAGGGAAUUAAGACUGCUGAAGAAUAGGGAAGCAGCCCGCGAGUGCAGGAGAAAAAAGAAGGAGUACAUCAAGUGUCUGGAGAAUCGCGUGGCGGUUCUGGAGAACAGGAACCAGAUGCUGAUCGACGAGCUGAAGUCCCUGAAGGAGCUGUAUCAGCAAAAGGCCGACUGAGACUUGCACAUCGCUCUGGGAUAUCUUGUCAGAAACACCAUGAAGUCACUAGCGACCCUGUACAUGUACCGCAGAGUGUACAUUAUCAUUAACGUUGUUAGGUGAGAGAAAUCCGAGGAGAAACGGAGGGCAAAGAGCAGCAGGUGAUGUACAUGCAUUCGUAUAGUUAAGUGUAUCUCUGUAACAUAUUGUAUUUAUGUACACGACUACGAAACAGAAGGCUUGUGAAACUUGCUACCACUAAAGCGAGAAGCCAAAGGUUUAUCAACGACACGGGGGAGACAAACUCGUAUGGGAAUCGUCCCGGGAGAUUUAUCCUAUUUUUUGUAUAAAGAGGUCGCCCCUUCUCGCCGGAGCCGCGCGAUUCGGGAGACAUUCGAGUCGACAUUGCUGUUUCUGCCUCUCUGAACCUUGACCUAGACGUUAGGGUUUCCCUUGAACGGGCGCCACGUACUUCCAGUUGUGCAAUAACUUAUUGACUUGGCAGCUUGCACCCUCUCUAUUUCUUGCAGGAUCGCUCUACCGUGUUUUAUCAGGAUCCGGCCAUUGUUUUCUUUAAUCUUUCAGCGGCUACUGGAAUUCCGUCAAACGUCGGAACCACGCCCGCUUUAUUUUUCUAGGGUGUUUUACUCACCUUUUUCGCGUGAAGUCGGGUCGAGUGUUGCAAUUAAUACACCUUUCGAUGCACGCGAAAACGCGACUUUGGGAUUGCCACGAAACGUGAUAUUGUACGAAUUGGAUUUGUUGGGUUAACUUGUGCAAUUUACAGCAUGCGUUGCAUUUGUAGGGAUAUCGGUAUUUUUAUAAUAUAUGAACGGACUUUCUUGUUUGGGAAUACUUUGUAACGACGUACGUAUGAUUUUUAAUGUUCCGUAACGCGUUUAAUAUCCGCAAUUUGGGACGUCGAGUACUCGAGAUGUCGCUUUUGUCAGACCAGAGGCGUUUUUAUUGAGCCUUCAGUGUUUCUUCAUGUACCUUUAACCAGUACUUGAAUAAGCGAUGAUUAACUAAGCUGGUCUUAUUCUAAUUCAGUAAAAAUUUCUGCUAUUAUUCGAUGGUAAUGGGUUAAGCGUGACUCGUUAUUCAGCUGGUCGGAUAAUCCAUUCGAAGCCGAAACUUUUUUCUGUACGUUUAAAAGUUCUGUCCACGACGUCUACGGUGCGUCAUUGGCUUCGAAUGGGUUAAUUAAUGAAUUGUACCUUGGAUAUCGUAAAACUUUCAUUGGAAAAUCCCUCGUACAAUACAAUCGGUUCGUUCCAUUCACCCAGUCCCAGUUGUGCACGGUUUAGCGAUCGUGAUUGUUAAUUACAGUUUAUUUUCGACCUCGUAAUCUCUAAAAAUUGGUUUACAAGGUUUCGAACUUGUAGCCUACUCGAACCUCAUUGUCGUCUUCAGAACAGCAUGAAACUGGCAGGAAGGGCAAUUAAAUAUAAGGGUCCGAUCUUGGGAGUUCAAGAUCGGUCACGAUGGAAAUAUGAGCGAUUAUUGGUCCGUUGUUCGUAGCGUCUUGUUGUUUGUACGGUUAAAAUGCUUCGAGCAGGACGCACCAUCUACUUGUAAAAUACAGAUGUAAUAUAAAAAUCUGGAGUGCCUUGAAGAUUGCAGUAUAAAAGAAUUAUAUAUAUAUAUAUAUAUGAAUAAUUAAGAAUUUAUUAGACUGUAUGAAAAUAGAGUAUGGGUAGAAGAGAUAUUUUCAAAUAUUAUUUAUCACGGUACACACAACGCUGCGAGUUGUUGGCCCUUAUCAGGGCACGAGGAUCUCGAAUUGAAGCGAGCGUUGCAAUCCGACCAAACUCGACGAAACUGAAAUGUACGAAUAUACGUGUCAGGAAAUGCCGAUAAGAGACAAUACGCCAGUUAUACUUGCUUGAAACGAUUCCAACAAAUGACGAGGUCCGCCGAGUCCCAUGCAUUUUCUUGAAACAAUCUUCGGGUCGUUUAAGUAUCCCGCCUUUUUUUUUUCUUCAACUAAUUGUUAAAAGGGGAAAUACGCACUUUCUUCGUCUUAUGUCUCGAUUUGUAAUGCGAAAGACGGUUUAACAUUGUCGAAUUUGCAGCGGCAAGUUGCUGCGAGGAUCUCAAGUACUGACACUUUGCACCGUACUCUUGCAAACGAUUGAGUUAUGAAAAGCGAUGGUGUAAUUAAAUUUUGUAACCCUUUUCUGGAAUUAUAAUGUGGAUUAAGUUCCAGGCAAAAUGUGUAAGGAAUAUGCAGUUAUACAUAUUUCCAUUCGAUCGAUUGAUCCAAGCUUGCAAGCAACAAUAGAUUUAUUUAGAGCGGAAAUUGACGAAAUUAGUACUUAAAUGUGCUCGUUCUUGAUUUAGAAAAUGCCCGAUCAUUUAAUUGCGCAGGCAAUGCGCAAAAUAACCGGUUAACAGCAUAGAUUAAAGAGAGAUUCGUAAUGUUCGUUCAGUUGAACUUUAAUGGAGCCGCUCGCUUUGACGAGUAGGUCAAUCUGCAACCAAAGCGUGAUGUUUAUAAAUAUAUAUAUAUAUAUGGAGAUCCGAAUGAAAUUAUUGGUGGUUUACGUGAAGUCGUAGCAACGAAGAAAUUCCUGUUAAACUUCUCGGAUCUUGGCCGGACUAGUGAAUUAAUUCGGAAAUUGUAUUUAGGAGUUUGAUUCGUUUUUGGAUACUAUUUUCUAUACGUCCAUGACGCAUAUAGUGCAUCGUUGACUCCGACUGAGUUAACAUUGAAUCGAAAUUACUGUAAAAUUUUUAUAUGAUCGGCCAGGACUCGAUUCGUCAAGCCUCUCGUAAAUGUAAUGUUUCCUAACGAAAUGUAGAGAGUGCCUGUUAUUCUUCGUCGGUUGUCAUUUCUCUUUCCACCGUAAAAUCAAAUUCGGAGUCUUCGAUUUUAUUCCUCGAACGAAUCUAUGCGGCACGCUGCGGAUAUGAAUAUAUGUAUGAUAUAUAUAUGUAUAUCUUGGUUGCUGCACCCAUACAAUAUUAUGAAGCAUUGUAUAUAGAUAAUAUAUGUAUUUUUACAUAUCAUUGGCCUUCUUGAAGAAAAUAUAGCUUGUAAAUCCAUUGAUAA